AUGGGCCCUGCUGGUUUUAUCUUCUUGCUGCCCCUUCUGCUGGGGAUCUCAGUGUGUGGACGACCUGUAUACUCAGGCCGUGUUGUGGGUGGCCAGGAUGCUGCUGCAGGGCACUGGCCUUGGCAAGUCAGCGUGCUCUUGGGCCAGAACCAUGUCUGUGGAGGGUCUCUCAUCAGUGACAGGUGGAUACUGACAGCAGCACACUGCUUAAAAAAGAACUGGAUUCCUUUGUUGUAUACUGUGCAGCUGGGAUCGAUUCAGAUAGACCAACCAAGUCAAAGUGUGAAGCAUCGUGUGUUCAAAAUUAUUAUCCAUCCCCAAAUUCAACAUACAACUGCAGACAUCGCCUUGUUGAAACUGGUCUCUAGAGUCACUUUUACCUCUUUCAUCCUGCCCAUCUGCUUGCCCCGGAUCACAAAGCAGUUGAAAAUUCCAGCCUCUUGCUGGGUGACUGGAUGGGGAAAGGUUAAAGAAGGUGAAGAUACUGAUUACCCCUCCAUCCUCCAGGAAGCAGAAAUAUCCGUCUUUGAUCGCCAGACCUGUGAACAACUCUACAACCCAAUCAGCUCCAUGCUGCCAGAAUUGGAACCAGUCAUCCAAGACGACGAGAUAUGUGCUGGUGAUACAGCUAAAAUGAAGGAUACUUGCAAGGGUGAUUCUGGAGGACCUCUGUCAUGUCAUAUUAACGGUGCAUGGACCCAGAUAGGACUAGUAAGCCGGGGAAUAGGCUGUGCUGAAUCUCUCCCUGGAGUCUACACCAGCGUGAUCUACUAUCAAAAAUGGAUUAAGACUACUAUCUCAAGAGCUGAGGUCUUGGGUGCCAAUAAUUUGGACUUAUCUGACUUCCUGUACCUUACUGUACUGCUCUCUCUGGCUCUCCUGGGACCCUUCUGUGCCUUUGGGCCUAACAUUUUACUAGGAGAGUAA